AUGGCGAAUGUUGCUAUUCCUACUUCAUUGUACUCGCAUGCUUCUGGUAUUAAGACUCUCACAUUGCUUAUUGAAAAACCUGGGGAAAUAACGGAUGCUAACAGUGAGGAAGAAGUUAGCCUAAUUGAAGCCUGGACCAAGUCCAAUAGGCUUAGUCUUAUGCUUAUUAGAAUGACCGUUGUUAAUAACAUUAAGACUUCUCUUCCCGAGGUUGACAAUGCUAUGGAACUGUUAACGGCUAUUAAAGAAUGCUUUAAAUCAGCGGACAAGUCGUUAGCAGGGACACUCAUGGCUGAAUUGACUACCAUGAAAUAUGGUGGUGAUAAAGGAAUUCAGGAACACAUCCUGAAUAUGACUGAUAAGGCUGCCAAACUUGGAGCUCUUGGCAUGAAAGUGGAAGAGUCCUUCCUUGUGCAAUUUAUUCUUAACUCACUUCCAUCAAAGUUCAGCCAAUUCAAAAUCCACUAUAAUACUCAAAAAGAUAAGUGA